GGGACGGCGUUUCCUCUGAGAAAAUAGGAUGGGAGUAACUCAGACUUGAAGCUGAGGAGGUGACAUGUUUGAAAGGGCUGACUGCUGAUCUGACAGAAGGCCUUUUUCGGGUGUGUACAGUAUCUCAAACAGAGGACUGUCUCAUGUCCGCGGAGACAAUCUUACCUCCGGAGGGGCCCGUAGGGCCAGAGCAAGAACUCCAACAAGAGACAAGCCUUCUUUUGUCUAACACUCAAGACUCGUGUAACAAUGAGAACAGUGAAUCACCCAAUACAUCAGAAACUCCCACAACUCAAUCUCCUAGAGAACCUGCACCUGAUGGGCAAGAUCAUGUAACUGGGGAAUGCUGUAACCAUGGUGACCUCAUAAGAACUCAACCUCAGCCUCUGCCCCAGCCAAGCACCUGGGCACUGCUGCCCGGAGAGAGAGAUCCCGCCAGGAUCCAAAACGGUCUCCCCGCCUCCCUCAGUAACGGCCAUGGCGCACAGCCGCAGCACGCGGUCACACACCCCACCACAGAGCCCAAGAAACAGCCGUCGCCCGUGUCGCAUAAGAUGCAGAGGAAGCUCCGCUCUAGCCUGUCUGUCAACAGCGAUAGCAGCCGCAGGAGCAAAGGCAGCUCAACAGGAUCACACAAACCUGGCUCCUCUCCUGAGGACUGCUGUGUCCACUGCAUCCUGGCCUGUCUGUUCUGUGAGUUUCUCACGCUGUGCAACAUGGUGGUAGCCCAGGCGUCGUGUGGGACGUGCACCUCUGAAGCCUGCUGCUGCUGCUGCUGUGCAGAUGACCUGGGAGAUGACUGCAACUGCCCGUGUGACAUGGACUGUGGCAUCAUGGACGCGUGCUGCGAGUCGUCCGACUGCCUGGAGAUCUGCAUGGAGUGCUGUGGCAUCUGCUUCCCUACAUAA